GGCCUAGUAUGAAAUGGGUUGUUGAAGUUCUUGCGGGUAAUAUCGUCGGCAAAUUGUCGGCGUUGCCAUCGUUUAAGGCCUACCCUCAAUACAUCUCCUAUUCAUCUUCCACUACCACCACAAUCAUAACAAUUUCAACAAUAAUAGGAACAUCAACAACAACAACAACAAAUGCAUCUCAAUGGUCUAAUUUAACAUCUGGUUAUGCAACUGCUGUUUGUGACACCAUUUUUAUGACAGCCAUGGAUGGGGAAACUAACAGCAAUGGCCAUGAUGGGGAAACUAACAGUAACAGUCAUAUCAGUGGCGUUAUUCCGAGCAAAAUUCUUUCUGUUGACACACCACGAGAGAUACCUUUCAAGGAAAUCAUUGCUGCUACGAAUGAUUUCUCGGAAGCUAGAAGAGUUGCAGAGCUAGACUUUGGUACUACCUACCAUGGCUACCUAAAGAACCGUCAUCAUGUAUCUCCAUCGCGGUUUGAGUCCAAAAACCUCCCUGUCGUGGUGAUGGGGUGAGUGGAAUGUGGAAUGUGAGGGUUUCAUAUUAGGGGUUAGGAGGAUAGGG